AUGUCAGAAGAGGAGGAAGCUGUCGGAGAAGAGAUAGAAGAGGCAGAAAUUAGCAUUAAGCCUGUUGUUAUUCCCGAUAAACCUCUGACGAAAGAAUUAGCAGCCACAUGUCUUUCACUACUUAGAAGAAUAGGAUACGGCUUUACACAUGCAUUCAUAAAAUUUGACUGUGCAAACAGGGGCCUCACAGAUAUCAGUAUCUUGGUGCAAUUUCAGUUUCUCCGCUUCGUUAUUCUGAGCCACAACCAUAUUUCUGAUAUUUCGCCCAUUUUCGCAGCCGAAUACUUAAUGUAUCUUAAAGCUGAUCAUAAUCGCAUACUCAAAGCUGGCAGUGCAAAGGCUUUACCAUAUCUUCAAUUCUUCGACCUUUCACACAACAAACUCACCUGUACGGACUUCAUCAACCACGGUAGAUUGAAACAUCUCAUACUUAGUUAUAACGAAAUCACUACAUUAAAGGGCAUCGAGGGACCGCCAUUAAACCAGUUCAAGUUGCGCUCUUUGGAGACCCUAGAGUUGCGUGGAAAUAAGAUUACAUCGUCCGAGGGUCUGAGUGAACUGCACGCUCUAAAGACGCUCUACUUUAGUGAAAAUCUCCUGCACUCAGUAGAGGACAUUUCGGCAAUGAAGGGACUUGUUAUACUACAUCUUCGGGAUAACAAUAUUCGACGUUUGGAUGGUUUUCUUCAUGGUCCGCCUAAUCUACAGUACUUAAAUCUUCGAGGAAAUCAGAUAAAACGCUGGUCAGAGGUCAAAAAGUUAAUGUCAUUAUUAACUCUGAAAAUUCUCAUCCUUAGUGACAACCCGAUUGCGGAUAGAGAUCAUUAUAGACCCCUUGUUUUGGGCAUGGUGCCUCGCCUUAAACGCCUGGAUAAGGACAAGACCUCGCCAGAUGAAGUAGCAGAGUCAGUGGCGUUCCUCGAAAAGUUGGGUGAGCAAUUCUUGGAGGAAGAUGACGAAGAGGAGGAAGAGAUGGACAAGGUAGCAGAGCUAAUGGCUGAGGCAAAACUCGACGAGCUAAUGGAGGAGGGAGUGAUGGACAAAGAUGCCGCAGAAGCAAUCACUGAGGAGGUAGAAAAGGAGGAAAUGGAUGAUGAGAGUGGGGGAUUUUGGACGUCUCUGCGUGGCUCCGUUGACAAUGAGAGGAGAAAUUCGGUCGCUACCAAUCCUCCCAUUGGCAAUGCUGCGCCGGUUAUCAAAAUUGUUGAUGAUAUAUGGGAUACAGUCACGGAACUUGACGCUCUGAUAAUUAAAUUUGUCUCGGAACCUGUUAGUACCAACGAAAUAAACGAUUCUUAUUCCAAACUAGAGGAAACAUUUAAAAUGCUUGAAAUGUGCUCGGAAAGUGCUAAGGGAUCGUUUACUCAAGUGGAUGAGAUGGCAUCAAGAAUUAAUUCAUUGCAAAGUACUGUAAAGAAGGCAUUACCUUUGCCAAAUCCUUCUAUAACACCUCGUAUAUUUUACAACAGCAUUUGUAGUAAAAGCUCUUUGAAGCUAAAAAUUGACAGUUUUGCCUCAAAUUUGGACUUUAUGGUUAAAUUGGCUCGAAAGAGAAUUGAAUCUACAAAAGCAUAUUCCUCACAAUUUAAAAAGCCACACUCCGUCUUUGCUAUGAGUCCAAGAGUCCAACACCUAGCAUUGCGAAGGAAGCAUGAUAGUACGCCUGCAAUACAUACAUCUGGAACAAAUACAAGGCGAACAACCAGUAGUGCACCUUUUCUUAGUAGGAAUGCGAGGACAGUUCUUCAGCCUAACGCAUCCGUCAGAAAAACACCGCAAUUUGCUAUAAAAUUUUGCAACAAAGCUGCCACUGUAACUGUACCUAGAAAAACUGAUAUCAAAUUUGAGCGUCAAUGCAAGCCCAACGUCCGUUGCCGACAACAGUCAAAUUUGGUGCAUGAUCAUCACAUGGGAGUCCGCGAGACACCUUUGUCUUCGCCCAUUUUUUCCGAUCGACCAAGCAGUGGCACACAGCAUCUGUUGCUACCUCCCGACACAGUGGAAGACAUCUUUUGUGAUCUCGCAAAAGAGCGUCAUGAUGAUGACGGAUUCUCCUCCAUUUCUGACGACUGCAUCAGCUUAAACGACCUCUUCGAAGUGGAGGAGUAG